AUGGAUCUUCCUCCUCGGACUCCCUGCUGCAGGGUUUCCCUGACAGAAAUUUGCUCCCUGUACCAGAGGCUCUUCCAGAUCCAGACUGACAUGAGCUCGAUCCAGGCAGCUGUGGAUCAGGUGAGAUAAUUGUAUCUAUCCAGGGCUUUAAUUUCCCCUCAUCAAUACCAGUUUCCUCAAUGUAUUCCUUUUCAAAUAUAUAUAUAUAAACGUAAUAACUGGCAGCUCUCAGAGCACUUCCAAAAAAGAGUCUUUAUGAAUACAUGUCCAACCCUUUUCGACCCUGUAGGGUACUUAUCAAGAGUUAGUACAUUAUAGUCACAUGAUACAACCAAGGGAUUGUAUAAUUUAAUGAUAGUAAAUGAUGGCAAUGGUAACAAUAACAUUCCACACUUUUCUCCCACUACCUCAAUUGCAAUAGGUUCUAGCGAAUUGUCAGAAAAGCCUUAUUUAACGGUAACCACACUGGUUUCCAUGUAUAAAACAGUCAUAUCCAUAACCAUUUUUCUCUGCACAUGAAAAUGGGGUUCCUGGCUUAUACUACCUUACACCUGUAACAUAGAAACAUAGAAUGUGACGGCAGAUAAGAACCAUUUGGCCCAUCUAGUCUGCCCAAUUUUCUAAAUACUUUCAUUAGUCCCUGGCCUUAUCUUAUAGUUAGGAUAGCCUUAUGCCUAUCCCACGCAUGCUUAAACUCCUUUACUGUGUUAACCUCUACCACUUCAGCUGGAAGGCUAUUCCAUGCAUCCACUACCCUCUCAGUAAAGUAAUACUUCCUGAUAUUAUUUUUAAACCUUUGUCCCUCUAAUUUAAGACUAUGUCCUCUUGUUGUGGUAGUUUUUCUUCUUUUAAAUAUAGUCUCCUCCUUUACUGUGUUGAUUCCCUUUAUGUAUUUAAAUGUCUCUAUCAUAUCCCCCCUGUCUCGUCUUUCCUCCAAGCUAUACAUGUUAAGAUCCUUUAACCUUUCCUGGUAAGUUUUAUCCCGCAAUCCAUGAACCAGUUUAGUAGCCCUUCUCUGAACCCUCUCUAAGGUAUCAAUAUCCUUCUGAAGAUACGGUCUCCAGUACUGUGUACAAUACUCCAAGUGAGGUCUCACCAGUGUUCUGUACAAUGGCAUGAGCACUUCCCUCUUUCUACUGCUAAUACCUCUCCCUAUACAACCAAGCAUUCUGCUAGCAUUUCCUGCUGCUCUAUUACAUUGUCUGCCUACCUUUAAGUCAUCAGAAAUAAUCACCCCUAAAUCCCUUUCCUCAGAUGUUGAGGUUAGGACUCUAUCAAAUAUUCUGUACUCUGCCCUUGGGUUUUUACAUCCAAGAUGCAUUAUCUUGCACUUAUCCACAUUAAAUGUCAGUUGCCACAAUUCUGACCAUUUUUCUAGUUUACCUAAAUCAUUUGCCAUUUGGCUUAUCCCUCCUGGAACAUCAACCCUGUUACAUAUCUUAGUAUCAUCAGCAAAAAGACAUACCUUACCAUCAAGACUUUCUGCAAUAUCACUAAUAAAAAUAUUAAAGAGAAUGGUUCCAAGUGCAGAUCCCUGAGGUACCCCACUGGUGACAAGCCCAUGCUACGAAUAUACUCCAUUUACUGCAACCCUCUGUUGCCUGUCACUUAGCCACUGCCUUACCCAUUCAACAAUAUUGGAAUCCAAACUUAAAGAUUGCAGUUUAUUGAUAAGCCUUCUAUGUGCAACAGUGUCAAAAGCCUUACUGAAAUCUAGGUAAGCAAUGUCUACUGUACCACCCUGAUCUUUUAUUUUAGUUACCCAAUCAAAAAAAUCAAUAAGAUUAGUUUGGCAUGAUCUCCCUGAAGUAAAACCAUGUUGUCUCUGAUCUUGAAAUCCAUGUAUUUUUAGAUGUUCAACAAUCCCAUCCUUUAACAUGGUUUCCAUCACUUUCCCUACUACUGAAGUAAGGCUUACUGGCCUAUAGUUGCCCGACUCCUCCCUAUUACCUUUCUUGUGAAUGGGCACAACAUUCGCUAACUUCCAAUCUUCUGUGACUCCUCCAUGUAAAAGUACAUAAAUGCUUUCCUGAUUUAUGUGACUAAUUUAGAAGAUUCCAAUUAUAUUAAAAAUAAGGAAUGAAAAUUAUAUGUUACCCCCUCUGGUGCUUUCAGGAACUCAGUCUGGCUGGCUAUCGUCUCUGGGUUUGGGCCUAUCUGUCAGGACUUCAUGGUCACCUAACCUUUCCCCAGUAGUUUUCUAGAGGAUCUCUCCCCAAAGCCAGGCCACACUUUUCUAUGCUCUCUUUCUGUGUCCCUUGUAUCUGUAUGUUUCUCUUCCUUCCAUCCCUUUUUUCUUUUCUAUGCGACACCAUGGGACAUUUACUAUCUGCCCCUGGGUAUAAACUGGGUGAAUCCUGAUAAUUUAUUAGAUCAUGCAAAUAUUUUAAUGCAAUUCUUAACUAAGACUCCCUUCUUUACUUGCACCACAGGUGGCAGGGUACUUUCUGAACUUAUGAAUUAAUAUUCACUAUAAUGCCUGUCCUGAUUUGAAAUAAAUAAUUAUCUAUAUGCUCACUGAUAGAUACCUCUUGUAAAAAGGUAUAGAAUUACUAAUAUAUACAUGCAUUUAUAUAGAUUUAGAUGUAAAUACAUAUAUAACCAUACAUCAUACACAAAUAUACCAACCUACAUAUGCAAACAUACACACAUGUAUGUAUGUGUGUUUAUAUUGUGACCGAAAGCAAGGAAUUGUGCUGGAUGGAAUCUAUAUAACUCCCCAAAUUCUGCAAGGUUCCUACGUAGUGUAAUGCAGAAGAUUAGCCCCAGGAUAAUGUGUUAUUUUUACAGAUAUUGCAUUUUAUAUAAGUAUGUUUGGGCCCUGAGGCAGAGCACUUGGAGAGUAGGGUUGGGCAGUGCUCCACUCCACAUUUUGGAGGUUGCUGGGAGACUGCAGGUGAGUAUCUGUUUCCAGAGUUCCAACACUCUGGUUUACCUCACCUGCAAAAGAUAAUUGAUUGCAGGUGCUGUAGUUCUACUCCCCCUCCAAGUUAGUGCUCAGAAAAACAAGGAUUUUGCUUUGCUUUAUUUUGUUAUACUUUGCUGUAACCUGUUGAAUGUUGGAGCCACAAAAAACCCCAGAACAAGGUAACAAGGUACCUAAGGAAAGAAGUAUUUUGUCACAAUAUUAUAUUUUUAUUUUUUUUUCUCAAAAGAUAACACAUAGCACUACAGGAAAAAUAAAAUAAAAAACUAACUUUUAUUUAGUUCAAAAAGGAAACAUUUGAUGUUUCUCAUGAAAUCUUUUAUCAGGACAACAGAAUAAAGUGAACCAAAGACGUUCAUCCCACCUACGUGGUGUUAAAGGAUACCCAUAUUCGACUGUGCCCCUGAUCAGAGAAUGGUCAGUAAUGCUCUGAUAUGGCCCUGAGGAUGACAGUUACUUCAUGGGCUCUCACACAUGGUAGCUCCACCCCUGCCGUUCUCAUCAUUCCUUACAUCUUCUCCCAAUGGAUGCUUGUAUAACUCUAUAAAAAUGCUUCUUACAACUCUCUCUUUUGUCUGUCUACUGCCCGCUAUGAGUUCUACAUUUAGGUAAAUAAUUGAUAUGUAACUUUGUUACUAGGUGUGUGGUGUAAGAGUGCACCCAGGGUUCUGCUGUUCUUCUAGAUUACUUGAUGUCCUUGUGGAGGUGGAGAGAAUGCGCUGGGUAAAGGAGCAGGUGAGCAACCAUAUGUCUGACACUCAACAUCUACACAAUCACAUAUACACACACAUUGUGUGUCUGUGUCUUUCUUCUUUUCCUUUCCUUUAAAAUGAAAGUUCUGCUAUUCCUAGUUGAAUACAGAGCCAGAUUUUCCAUUAGGCGGAGUAGACACCUGCCUACAGGCGCAUGUCCUGUAGAGGACACUUGUAAGACAAUUAUGUUUUAGAGCUUUUUAGAAUGUUUUUAGAGUGGGCUGGUGGGGCAUUAAGUACCAAGAGCCUUGGCCAAUGUCCAGUUUAGUCCUGUCAGCCUCCACUGCUUGAUAACAUUAUUUUAUUUUUAUUAGAUGGUUCUUUUUUUUUUCUUGGGCGGGUAGCAGGGAACUCGGGGCAUCUUAGAAUUUUGUGACUACAUGCACCUGACAUGUAAAUGUGUCCCUUGUUGAAUAGCAGGCAGGAUCAAUGCAACUGUAUUUCUUUUUGGGAAUUCCUCAUUGAGAUGCUGGGUAACAUUUUACUCCCAAUUAAUUUCCUUACCUCCUACACAACCAUUUGAAGGCAUACAGGGGAUGGGAAUCUGAGUCCUCUUAAACUGCUCAUCUUGCAAUCCAGUAGUGACGGCAGCCACAGAGCUGAUAGCAUGUCCCCGGUGGAAGAUUUCAAUGAAAACAGUCUUAUAGGUGGUAAUUUUGUGCACAACGUGUUCCAGUAAAGGGGGAAGGGAUUGGGUGUUUUUUUCCUUCCCUCUUCUCCUUGAGAACCAUAAAAGACAUGUGGAAUCCCUUUUUUUUAAAAAUAUUUUUUUAUUUUACUCAACACUUACAUUGUGGCUAAUGUAUUGCUUUCAAUCACGAUCUUUCUUCUAUGACAGAUUUAUUGGGAUUUCCAGCUUCUAGAUUGGAAUGGAAGCUCAUCACUUAACCUUGGAGAUGUCAAAAUCCUCCUGCAAAGAGCCCAGGAAUCCCAAAUUACCUCUAAGUCCUGGCUGGAUUUCCUCAGUGAGCGUCAGUCAACCUCGAAUAUGGUUUCUUGGUCUGAAUUAGAGGUAUUCAUCUACUCGAUGAAGUGGAGAAUCUCAGGCACAAAUCCAAAACAUUAGUAUGAAUCAUAUCUUUAUUUUAAAUUCGCUUUUAUUGGAAUAUUAGUGUCUGAAAUCCACCAAAGAAACGAAUAUAAUUAAUAUAUUAAAUAUAUAUUAUAUAUACAAUAUUAGAAAUUAAAGAUACAUGCAUCAUUUUGAGACAUUUGCCUCACUCUGCAGAUUCAAAAGAGCAGGUAAAUAUGAUUUCCAUAUUUACCUCUUAAUUCUUUCUUAUCCUUUCCAAACCUACUCCAGGGGGUAUACUGAUGUAACCAAUUAGUUAUCUAUCCCCAGGUAUGCUGGAAUAGUGCAUUGGGCAUCCCUGAUAGAUUUACACAUAUACUGUUGGAUGUUCUGACAAAGCGAAAUGAGAGGUCUGAUCAAUGUGAUCAUGGAGUGCAAGCCCUGGUGUUUCUCUCUCCUAAUGAUGCCCUGUUACUGUCAUUAGUGGACUGGUUUGAAACUGAGCUGGGCGGGUAAGAGUAGGGUUGGGGGUAAAGGGGGAAGUUAGGCUUUAAAAUUGCUCAUUGAUUAGAGGUGAGUCCAGCAUUGCAUUUCUCACCUAGUUUAUAGUAAUAUUUUUCUUGCUUUAUUUUGGUUUGUUCAUUUGUUUAGAAAUGUGUUUGCUUGUCAUGACAUGUCAUGAUUCCCUUUUAUUCCAGAAGUUUGGUCCUUAAGGGGUUAAUAUUGUGUUAAAAUGCAUCACUUGACAUUUAUAUACAAUAAAUAUAGUUUUGUGAUCUCUUCACUACUUUUUUUUCCAAUUUGUAUUUUAUUGGCAUUUAUGCAUCCAAAGUACAACAGGAUCAAUAUAUAAAAAUAUUUGAAAAAGUGUAACAUUAUUGCGACAAAUUACAGGUAGAAGGCAGCAAGCUAAGAUUAGGCCUACAAUAGAUAAUAUGCUAAGUAGACUCAAAGCAGAUAUGGUAUAAUGUCUACUGUAGGUAAGAUGAAUCUGUAUCAAGAAACUUAUAUAUUACGGAUGUGCAUGGGCAAAAAAUUUGGUUCGGUUUGGCACUUCUGAAAUUCGGGACUUCAGAAAUUCAGCAAUUCGGACAUUCGGAAGCAUCCGAAUUUCUGAAUUGCCGAAAUUCGACCGAAACAAAUUGCACAUGUCUAUUAUAUAUAAUUUAUAAAGACUUACAUGUACUAAGAGAGACACACUCUGUCUUUUUUAAAGGAACACUGCAGUUUUAGGAAUACAAAGAUGAGUUUUAUUUACUUUUCUUUCUUUACCAUGCUGGUUUCACUGCAGCCCCUCCACCUCCCUGACAUCAGGAGAAGAUGAAGUGGUGUGUGAGUGGGUUUAGUGGUCCUUUAAAUGCAGAAAAUUGGUAAACUUGAGGGAUUUUGUUUGAGGUAAGGAUAUUUAUAUGACUACGUAAUAAGGCAUACAUAUGUAGGGCACUGAGGUGUAGGUAACAGAAAGAUAUACAUUUUCUGUAGCAAACACACUUAUUUAGAUUGCAAAAUAACAGACUAUCCUGGGUACAUCAUAGGUCAGUUAUUUAAUAGCUACUUUUAUAUAAAACGUGGUGUAUCAACAACCUAUUUAAAGAGAUAAAUUAAGUAUUUCAUUUACAUGAGAAGAAACAUAAAGUUUACCUGUGAUAUAACAAUGUACAUUUAAUCUCCAAUUUAACAUUGCAUUAUAAAGGUCAUAUUCUUUGUUUAUUUUGGGUAGUUUGUUAACCCCACUUUGCCUUCUUGUUGGCUGAAGGAGACAGCUUUUCCUGCUAAGAUGACCCUUUUUUCCAAUUCGUAUGCCAUUCUUAGUAAGUCAACCUAUCCGUGCUACCUUUAGGUUAUAAUUUGUAUAAGUAUUAUAAGUAUUACAAUACAAUUAUAUAAUGUAGUACUUAUAAUUAAAUUGAUAAGUAUUCUGGCAAAUUUUAUUUCUGUAUGAAAUGCUUCUUAAUUUUGUCUUAUUUCUACUAUCUCCAAGAACUGGCUUUUUGGAAGUUGCCCUCCUUUGAAACAGCGGAAGGUAGAAACAGAAAGGACUUCUUUUGUGUCAAAGACUGGAAAAGCAGGGAUCAUACAGAAGGUAUGAGAAGAGACAUGCCUAAUAAUGGAACUCUUAUACUUUACAGCUGCUCUGUAUCAAAUCCCUUUCACACAACUGGCCAACAGUUUUGCUGAAAUAUUUGUCUCACUCUGUGUUGGGCUUCAGAACCGUUUUAGCCAGGAUGUAGGGUAACUAGCUCAACCUAUUCUUCUGAUCUACUGGACUAGGUAGAAAAACUGCUAUUCAAUUACCAGACUUAAAUUAAUUAAUUUGAGAUAAUUUAACCAUAUGAUGUUGUAGGUAUGUAGUGGGCUAUGCAGAUCUUAAAUAUUGGUAUCAACUUGUAUAUAAACGUACUUCCUCCUCCCUGUAUGUUUCAUUCUGCAUCUAGAACUCUUUAACCCCUUAAGGACACAUGACAUGUGUGACAUGUCAUGAUUCCCUUUUAUUCCAGAAGUUUGGUCCUUAAGGGGUUAAAUGAUCACAACUUCUAUCAGCCGCAGCUGUCAACGGUUCUUGCAAUGACCUACAUGCAGAGGCUGAAGCAUUGGCUGUUGCCUCUUGAUUAUAUUAGUAUUGUGAUGUGGUGUACACACAACCCAUGGGGCCCUGGUGCGAAAACUGAUCCGUGGGCCCCCCCUGCGCUUACUCUGCGCAGGCCUGGGCAGCUGCUACCCCUGCGACCGCGGUAUGUACGCAAGUGCAUGCAUAUACACAUACACUUAAAGGACCACUACAGACACCCAGAUCACAUCAGCUCAAUGAAGUGAUCUGGGUGUCAGGCCCCUCUAGUUUUAACACAGCAACAUGCGCAUUCAGAGCUGAGAGGCGGAUCGGGGCGGAGGGAUCCCCAGCGCCAAGGGAGUCCGGCGCUGGAGAAAGGUAAGUGCUGAAGAUACACACACUCUCACAAACAGACGCAUACACACUAGCUAACAGACACACUCACACACUCUCACGAACAGAUGCAUACACACUAGCUAACUGACAAACACAUUUACUGACAGACACACACUCAGUGACAGACAUACAUACACACUCACUGACAGACAGACACAUACACACUCACUUACAAAACACACACUCACUAACAGACACCAAACAGACUCACUAACAGACGCACACAAACUAACACACUCAGUAACACACACACUGACACACAAAAACUAACACUAACACACACACUCUAACACUAACACACACACACACACUCUAACACUAACACACACAUACUCUAACACACACAUACUCUAACACUAACACACACACUCUCUAACACACACACACUCUAACACACACACUCUAACACACACACUAACACACACACACACACACACACACUCUAACACACAAACACACACUUUUUUUUUUUAAAUUUAAUCCCCCAGCCUCCCUACCUUUGGGAGUGCUGAGGGGAUUCCCUGGGGUCCAGUGGUGUUGCUGGGUGGCCGGUCACUGACGUCAUAUUCCGGCUCCGGCAUCAGUACGCGGCGCGCGAGGGAGCUGGGCAGAGAGCGCUCAGGGGAUAGUGCUCCCUCGCGCGCCCACCCGGUGACACCAGGGCAAGCAUGGUGGGCCCUCAGGUGGCAAGCUCCUGGGCCCCCCAGGAGAAGAGGCUGGCUACACUGGGUACAUACCGUGUCGCAGGGCGGUCGGACCCCCUGGUGGGCCGGGCCCGGUCGCAGCCGUGACCCCUGCAACCCUGGUAUGUACGCCACUGGUAUUGUGUCUUCCAAACCUAGGUAUGAAAGCUGCACUGACGGAUCACUGAUGUCAUUUAAUAAAAAACUUCAUGUUAGAUUAUAUCUGUCUCCCAUCCAGGAGGACAAGAACCAGAAGUUGUGUGAAGGAGAGUUAUGGCAUCAGAGACAGAAAAGACAGUAAGUGCAAAAAAAGGAGGGCUUUACUGCCUCUCAAUUUGUUAACGUAUUUCUGUCCUAAUUUGGUUUACAUAAAGACUUGCAAAUAUUUACAACGUAUCAAUGCUUCAUGUCCUUGAUUUAAUAUUUCUGGAUAAGCUUUUCAAAAGAUUUAAUAUUUUUUGGAUAAGCUUUUAAAAUAUAAUAAAAAAUAUUUCAACAUGUCAAAACAUAUUUAAAUAUUUUUUCACAAUAUUAAGUCAUUUAAAAUGCUUAGCCUGAAAUAUUAAAGGGGCACUAUAGUUACCAGAACUACUGCAGCUUAUGGUAUUUAUGGUAUUUGUUCUGCUGAGUAUAAUCAUUCCCUUCAGGCUUUUUGCAAUAAACAUUGUUUCCAGCCCCCCCCACUCCCCCAGAGAAAAGGCAGUGUUUACAUUACAGUCGAGCUAUUCCUCCACUGUCCACUCCUCAGAUGGCUGCUAGAGGUGAUUCCUGGGGCAGUGCUACACAUUGUGCAGCCAUGACUUUCAGUGUUUCCACCCUCUGUAUGUAAACACUGAACUUUCCUCAUAGAGAUGCAUUGAUUCAAUUUAUCUCUAUAAUGAGAUGCUGAUUGGCCAGGGCUGUAUUUGGCUUGUGCUGGCUCUGCCCCGAUCUACCUCCUUGACAGUCUCAGCCAAUCCAAUGCUGAGACAAUCACUUCUGAUGCUGUCAGCCAAGCAGGCAGAUCAGGGGCAGAGCCAGCAGCAGCAGACUGGAAUAAAAGGUACAAUUUUACUAAAUUUAGGGGGGUGGGGGGUCAGGUGGGCUAGGUGUUGUUUUUAACACUAUAGGGCCAGGAAUACAUGUUUGUGUUUCUGACCCUAUAGUGUUCCUUUAAAUCAAGGCCCAUGUUGUCAUUGCAAGAAGCUCAUUGACUGAGAGUGUCAGCUGAUCACUUUCAGCUAAUGAGAUAAACCCUGCACUGUUUGUGUAUGUGUGUGCAGUGGAGGUGGCUGAAAGCUGUAUUUGGAGGUUUGAGUGUGCCUCUGUGUACUGAUUGAGUGUGGUGUGUGUAGUGUCUGAUUUUGUGUGUAGGGGAAUUUGAGUGUCACUGAGCAUUGUGUGUGUUUAGUGUCUGUGUGUUUUGCCCUCCUCUUUUUAACCUUUCACUGGUGGUACUAUGGAAGCACACUGAGAGCAGAAUUCCUGGUGGUAUGGUGGGGGAGCAUUGUGGUCUGCACAAAAUAUCAGGUGCAGGUUACUUUAAGAGCUGGAUGCAGCAUUCUCCGUUAUUGAGAAGUGUAGGGGACCACAAGGAUACACCUAAAGUGGUCUGCGCCUGAUAGAGAGGCAAACUUCAAUGCUCCCUUGAGCUGGUGAAUGGGUUCAGGGUCAAACAGCAAAAACGUUUUGAUCUCCCCGCCUCCUCAAGGAGGGACCCUCACAACCAGACCAAGAGCUCCCAGCGUAGGUUAUCUGGUUUUGAUUCUAAACCGGUUUGACUUCUUGCAACAGGGAAAGCUGGGUGGCGGAGAGAGUGGGUUAUGCACUGUAGUACUUAUAGUACUUGGAGUGUUCCUUUAAUAUAAUGAUAAAAUAUAGGAAGUGCGGUACUUUAGGUAUGUAAAUCAUGCAGAUAAAGUAGCCACUGAAGCCAUAAACCAUAAUGAUAUUCUAAAUUAUACUAGAAUGAUAUUCUUGUUCAAAAGCUAAAUGGUGGAAGUUUAAAGGGAAUUAUACAUAAACACAACUUUGCGUAGAGUAAUUAAUACUUGAAAUAGCCCUCAUGUACAAAAGGGAUGGGAUUAAGUAAAGCACCUGUUUUUUGCACAUGGUCUUCAAAAUAGGAAACCCAUGUGCAAGAACAGGUGCUAUUCUGGGUAAAAGUGCUAAAUAAGGUCCUUUAGCACUUUGCAACAAAAAUAGCACAGUUUGUAACUUGUAAACAUCUCCAGAAAUGUUCUGUUUAAGUCGGAAUAACAAACAUUCUUGGGUAUAAAAGCUUUACAAAUAAUGUUUAGAUAACUAUCCUGGAGUUCCCUGCUUGACAUGCAAAUGAGUAUAGACAGACAUUAUGUUUAAGAUUUCAUGCAUAUAUAUAUAUAUAUAUGUUCGUAUAUGCAUGGAUACAGUUUGCAACUGGUUCUGGGGUUGGAUGGCUAUUAUUUAGUAAAUGGUAGAAAGCUUUCAAAUGUAACUCUUUAGUGAUUUCUUUUAAAAUAGUGCAACAAUUUGAGAAUAGCAAUCACUCCAAACUGGGAUUUAAUUGGAGAAAACCACAUAGCAAUCCAAAGCUUAAUAUACAUAUCUGAUUAGUCCGCAGUGGAUAGACCAGGGAUCAUAAGUUAAAUUGGAAAUCCAACAGCUGUCACUCUUCACUUUCCCAAUCCUUGAAGAUCAGGGCUAAACUGUAUAGAUGAUGGCCUUAUAGGAGCCUAGGAUUUGUGCCUCGAGUGUACUAGCCGGAUUAUUGUAUAAUUACAUUAAACCAUCAAUUGACAAACUAGUUGUGUCGUAAGCUUAUCUGAGCAGAGCCCUCAAUUACCUGUUUUUAAAUAACUCCAUUCUAUAAUUGUAAAGUGCUGUGAAAAACGUUGGUGAUUUUGGCAUCGAUUUAAUAAGCUUCCCAAAUGAUUCAGUAUUAUUAGAAAAAUCCCAAAUGAUUUAUAUACUAAAAUUCCCGUAUACUUUAAUCGUGGCUUCUGUAAAAAAAAAUUACAUGGAAACUUUUCUAACAAUAUUGAAUUAAAUUGAGGCGACAGACAGGUCAUCCGAAUUGCUUAACUUGGAAUCGCUAUUUGGAUAUAUCCCGAAACACCAGAAAUGGGAGAUGGAUAAACCGUUUUGGGUGUUUCAUGAUUUGGGGUUCCUGCUUUGGUGCCACAAAAAAAUUGAUGAUGGGGAAAAAAAGUUAAUUGAUGGCUAGUGGUCAGCUGCUAAAUGUUAGUUUUAUUCACAGAUCAAGUUACAAGUGACCAAUAAAUCGGAAAAAGGAGGAGCAGUAAAAAAAAAAAAAUCUAUAUUUAUAUAUGAUAUAUUUAAUAAAUACGUAAUAUUUAAAUACAGAUUAUAUAAUUUUAUUUUCUAUUUUUUUUCUUUAGUCCCACUUGAUCUUUAACCCCUUAAGGACACAUGAUGGAAAUAUUCAGUCAUAAUUCCCUUUUAUUUCUGAAGUUGUGUCCUUAAGGGGUUAAACCAAAUGGGAGGGAGGGGAAUGCAUCUAUCCGUGUACUGCAAAAUAUACACCUAAUGUUAUGCAUAUAUUUUGCAGUACACUGAUUGGUCAAUUUGUGCUUACUUUUGCUUUCUUUCAAAAAGUUUUAACAGAAAUUAUGGAUUAACUUCGUUCGACCCGAAAAGGCCUCAAGGAUGAAUUUUUUUCCAUCUGAAUUGCAUUUUUUUUUUUUCCAGAUUAAUGAUUUUGCCAAACCAAUUUUAUUUACUGUGCACAAGUCUAAUUUUAAUGAUCUGGCUUUUAAACUAUAUCAUAUGCCAAAGUUAUUCAGUUCUAGUUUAAGGCUUCACAACAUAAGAGCACAACCCAUGUAUUAAAAAUUAUCUUUAUUUGCAAUCCAACAAAUAUAUUUAAAAAUCCAGAAAGGAUGAUAAAUACAGAUUUCAAAUAUGAGACCAACUACAGUGGCUAUGCUCUUAUUGUGUUGUGAUACAUGAUUUUUGGGCUGUGCUCAUAUUGUGCUGUGAUAUAUGAUUUUUGACCUUGAGGGAACAAUGUAUUCAUAAGGGGCAUCCUUACAGUGAUCUCUGAGAUAGAUGUGUGUGUUCCUCCACCUUGGUUAAUUUAUUUCCAGUUCAAGGCUUAACAUAUCCCAGGGGAAAGAAAGGAAAGAAAUCUCAGAUGGGAAAUUACAGACUUGUGAGUUUGUUGAAGAAUUUAUUUGAAGGAUCCAGAUGUGUCAGAUAAUAGGUUACAGACAGGCUACAAUAAAUCAAGAGGUGUAAUAUAGUAUGAAGCGCUUGCUGCUAUGUCUCCUGUUUUCUUACAUAUUUGUUAUCAGGACAUAUAACAUAAUUUUGUCACAUGUGUGUGCAUUUAUGUGCUGUGAAAAAAACUUUUUAGAGGCCAUUUGCAAAAAAAAAUCAAAAACCUUUUGUUACAUAUGGGAAAUAUUUUUGUAAAUGUUAUUAUAUGUAGUGAAAUAUGUAAAACAAACAAACAAAUAAACAAAAUCAACAGAUCUAAUUAUACACACUAAUUGCGUGCAGAAAGGAUUUCCCUCCUUGUUUGUACAACAAUGUAUUCACUGGGCAUAUUGAUUGCAUAUAAAAUGAUUGACACAGAAGGAAGCGCUUCAUUUUCAGGGUAAAACUUUGAAACAAUGCAUUUUUCUUCAUGGGCCAGAAUAUCCAUGCUGAUUCAGGUACUAUGGCAUGAAUCAUGCAAUACGCUUUAUGAGCUAUGUUACAUUGUUACAUUGUAAUAUAGUAUUGUAUUAGUUUAAUCAUAUUAAUUAUAUGAUUGGAAAUGAGAGGUAUCAGUUGACGUUCUCAGCCAAUGAGCCAAGCCUUGUAUUGUGGGACUAAGCUCAGGAGAGCUAACAUACAUUUCUGCUGAGGAACUUAUGGCUCUAGAGAGAUGGUAGAGGGGGAAAGAAGUGUCACCUAACAGACCUCAGUUUAGAAAUCAAACUGUUCAAAAAUGUUUUAGCUCAUUUCGAUGCGGGGGCUUAUAAUGUGCCACUGCACUGUAGUGGUCGUGGUCCUUGGAUCAUUCCUUUAACAAUAAAUGAGGCACUUUCACAUUAUUAUCGUUCCACGUUGUGUUGCAAUCAUGUAUGUGGAAAUGUGAAACCAUAUCGGGAAUCUUUUAGGGGUACUAUGACAAACUGAGGGGGCCAUAUGAGGUCAAUGUGAUCACAUAUCACUUGGACACUUUUACAACAUAUGGAGCAAUAUGUGAACAAUUGUGACAACAUAUGAGGCAAUGCACUAACCUGUGGGCAAUAUAUGGAGCAUUUUGUCAUGCAAUAUAAGGGAUGCUACAAUGUGGGCAAAUAAAAUGCUGGCUAAUUGCUUGUGAGGAUUUUACAUAUGUGAAAGGACUGUGGCAUAUGGAGGGAAAUAUUUGUCACACAAGAGGACUAUGACAUACAUAGAAGCUUAGGAAACAUGACAACAUGUUAUAUAUUAAUAGGUAUUAUUUAUUUAAAAUAUUGUUUAAAGAUUUUUGGAGUAAAUAUUAUUUAUUUGAGGUGGUGGCAGUUUCUGUCCAUAAACAUAAAUCAACAAAAGUGUGCUUUUUCUUAUUCAAAAAUGUGUUAUCUAUGUAUACUGACAUGAAACAGAAAUGUACACAUUGCUUUACAGUAUACAAAAAAGUAAGUAUAUUUUUCCAGAAUGGUUAAUAUCAGUUGAUCAAUAUGGGUUGUGAACUCCAGUGAUUUUGUUCAAUCUUAGGUGGGACUCCAGGGGUCUCGAUACCCUGGUGACAGCUGAAGAUGAUGCCGUGAAUGAGAAUGACAGUCACUGUGUGACACACGAGGACUUGACUGCAGCAAUCGAAGAAAAAUACUCCGCACUACGUGAGAAGCUUUACCAGGACAUGCUACAGGCUUACUAUGGUAUGCUCAUUUGUUUGUAAUUCACCAAGUACCUCAAUGUUUAGUGCCUUUAUGUCUAACAUAUUCAGUACUUAUGUCUGAACUACUGAAACCCCACUCUUUAGAUUGCUAAAGAUCUCCAUUGAGAUAUCCAGGCAACUAAACCUAGAUUUGAGUAGGUGGGUUCAGUUACAUUCCUUGUCCUUCAAUGAGUCUCAAUGCACUUGUAACUGGCAGUUUGUUUGGUUUUCUUUUUAACAGGAAUAAGGCUAGCUGUAGGAAUUGAAUGGGUCAUUCAUUUUCCUCUUCCAUGGAGUUUUAUGGGCGGAAAACACAACAGUUGCCUGUGGUUAUUGCUGUGCUUUAAGAUGCGCUAAUGUCUGUCAUUUAAUAGGAAACUACUGUAAUUUCAGCCAUCAAUAGUUUUCAUUCUGCUGUCUUGCAGAAAUAACCCCUUAAGGACACAUGACAUGUGUGACAUGUCAUAAUUCCCUUUUAUUCCAGAAGUUUGGUCCUUAAGGGGUUAAACCUACGAGAUAGCCUUUAGUCCUCAGAAAAUAAUGUGGAUGUAAUUCGCUUUCACUUUUGUGCCAGUUUUGUGUGACUGCCACAUUUUCUUAUGUAUGAAACGGUCUCUCCACAUUGAGAAAAUUUUAUUCUGUCUUUUCUGUAAUGUUCCAAAAUAAUCUGUGCUUCCACCAAUUUAGUAAGUUUUGGUUAAAAUAAGACAAAUGGUUAACCAUAGAAAAAAACAGCAACAUUCACAAUCUGAAGAACUUCUAAGCCUUAAGCAGAAAAGAAGAAUGUGAAAACUACUUAUCUUUUACAGAAAACAGCCACUCUGAUAUAAAAAAAGGUACACUCUUACAUGUCUUUUUCUUAAUGCAUAUAUAGUGUCACAAUAUUUCACAACAUACUUAUCUUUUUUACAUCUUUGUAACAUAUCUUUCCUGGUAAAAUAUUUUAUAAAUAAAUAAAUAUGCCAAAAAGAAAUAGGUGUGUGAGUGCUAUCUUGUAGAAUAAUAUAAAUGGAACGACCUCCCGCACACUUUCAAAUCUUCGCAAGCCUAAAGUCCUUUAAGAGAUCCCUCUCUACAGAUCUCAAAACAGAAUGCACAUGUCAUGGUUGAUUAUAUAUUUCCUACCUGUUCUAUGUUAAAUAUUGUAUAUAUUGUGUAUUAAUAUUGUUUUUGUAUUUUAUUGUUCCCUAUUGUAUCAAUGCAAUGUUUUGUGGACCCAGGACAUACUUAAAAAUGAUAGAAAUCACAAUGUAUCUUUCCUGGUAAAAUAUUUUAUAUAUAAAUAAGUAUAUAAACAAGUGCAAAUAAUCAAUAUUCAAUUGUAAGCUGCUAGUACACUGUGGUUUGUAAUUCCCCACAACACACAAGGAAAUAAACAUAAACAAAAUGUAGAGCAACGCUAUAUAUGAAGUGCAUGUGAUAUUUUUAGAUACAUAAAAUUCCUUUAAAAGUAAAAAAAGGUUUUUCCAUUAAAAAUCCUCUAUAAAAUCAGGUGUACACCAUUAAGGAACGAUAUAUAUCUAAAAUGUAAAAAACUAUUGUACAAUUUGAGAACACCAAUAACAUUGGAAUGAAAAGCUUUUAAGGUCCAUAUGGGCCACCCUUCCCCUCUUGAUUGUUGUGUGAGGAAAGUGGUAGGUUCUCCCCAGUUUUUCUGAAAAAAUCUCCAAACAAUAGAUACAUAGGGUGAUAUUGCUUUCAAAUAUUUACCACAUAAAAUACAAACAUAGGGCCUCAUAUGACUCAGUAGAUGUGCUUUGUAUGGUAAAAAGGACACUAUAGUCACUAGAACUACUACAGCUUAUUGUAUUUGUUCUGGUGAGCAUAAUCAGUCCCUUCAGGCUUUUUUGCUGUGAACACUGUCUUUUCAGAGAAAAUGCAGUGUUUACAUUACAGCCUAGUUAUACCUCCACUGGCCACUCCUCGGAUGGCUACUACAGGUGAUUCCUAGGGCAGAGCUGAACAGUUUUAUAGGACUGACAUUCGGUGUCUUACACGCAAAGGUUAAAGGAAUUUAACAUGUAUAGCUUGGAGGAAAAACGAGACGAGGUAUGAUAGAAACAUUUAAAUACAUAAUGGGAAUCAACACAGUAAAGGAGGAGACUGACUAUAUUUAAAAGAAGAAAAACUACCACAACAAGAGGACAUGGUCUUAAAUUAGAGGGGCAAACGUUUACAAAUAAUAUCAGGAAGUAUUACUUUACUGAGAGGGUAGUGGAUGCAUGGAAUAGCCUUCCAGCUGUAGUGGUAGUGGUUAACACAGUAAAGGAGUUUAAGCAUGUAUGGGAUAGGCAUAAAUCUAUCCUAACUAUAAGAUAAGGCCAGGAACUAAUGAAAGUAUUUAGAAAAUUGGGCAGACUAGAUGGGCCGAAUGGUUCUUAUCUGCCGUCACAUUCUAUGUCUUUACCCUCUGCAUGGAAACACUGAACUUUCUUCAUAGAGAUGCAUUGAUUCAAUGCAUCUCCAUGAGGAGAUGUUGAUUGGCCAGGGUUGCAUUUGGCUUCUGCUGGCUCUGUCCCUGAUCUGCUUCCUUGACAAUCUCAGCCAAUCCAAUGCUUUCCUGUGGAAUGCAUUGGAUUGGCUGAGAUCACCAGUUCUGAUGAUGUCAGCCAAGGAGGCAGAUCAGGGGCAGAACCAGCACCAGCACCAGCACCAGCACCAGCAGACUGGAAUAAAGGUAAGAUUUUACUUGAUUUAGGAAGGGGGCACGAGGGUAAAUAGCGUUAUCAACACUAUAGGGUCUGGAAUACAUGUUUUUUUAAGGACCAUGCCACUUACUCCCUGGUGUGCAGGAACUUGAUGGCCAUACGUUUAUUUAAACUGGUAUAUUAAAAAACAUUAAAAGUAAAACCCAUCAGUAUGAAUGUACUCCGUGCUCCCAAAACGCGUUUUGAUAUGUUGACUUCUUCAGUUGGGUCAUAAUCCAGUCUCAUUCCUGCUUGAAUACCUUAUCAAUUAAGAAAUAAUAUAAGACGGCUGUCUGAACGAGCGCCAUUUCAUUGAAAACAGAAGCGUGCUGUGUGUCAAGCCUCGUUUUGUUAUUAACUUCAUGAGACAACAUCAUUUCUGGCUUGCAGUCCAUCGCAUCACUUGCAGAUUUUCCGCCAAUUGUAGAGUUUAAGUGUUCCCCUCUAUGCGUUCUAGCUACUUUUCCAGCUGCAUAUUCCGGGUUAAAAUUUCUUCCUCCAUAUAAUUUGACUGGUAUUUAUACAUUUCCACAAGUCUAUUAGUAGAGUUCAUAUAAUACAUUAGAGAUAUUAAGAAGAGUUCAUGUAUAUAGAAGUAAUCAAAAAUAAAGAAGUAGUAUUAUUUCAUUGGGCAAAUAAUUAUUUUCAAUUAUAGUAGCUAUAUUACUGGGGGCUUCUACCUGCUAGUAAGAAGGUAAGGAGAGAAAAGUGAGUGCUAGUAGACAAUCCCCAGAAAGUGCAGAGUGAACGCAUCAUUAGACACAUUUGCGCCAAGCUCGGGAAGCUGUCUGCAUAAUACGCCCUUGGUUGGCCAGUCUGCAUUAUUAAAAGGCGACCUGACAUGCAUUCACUCCAGACUGACCUUCCUAUUCUUUCGGCAGACCCGCUCCCUUUCUGGACAUGUCCAUUGGUUAAGUGAUUUGUGUCACUGGCCCAUCCUUUUACCCUGCCCACCGCUGCUGUUUUCAGGGGUAUAGUUUUGCUUGAGAGAUAAAAGUGAGAGAUUAGCAUAGGGUAUGCGUUUUCUUAUAGCUGCAUCCUGUGAGUUUCCUUGAAACAACAUCACUAGAUACAGGACAUGUGAGAGGUAUUACUGUUUUAGUGUUUUCUGUCGAUUAGAUUCUGUAAUAUAAAUGUGUGAAACAUCCUUCCACCAAGAGGUGGCACUGUGCAACACAAUGCCUUGCCUGGUCAUCAGAAUCUCUUUCAGUCCAUAAUCUCUAGACAAGAGUCUAGGUAUCAAGUCCCUCCACAGGUCAUAGUGAGGAUGGAGUGGGCUCUCUUUCUUUACUUGGAGACAGUUCUCUAAACUAACGUGGUUUAAAGCAAGUUUGCUCUUUCAUGUAAUUGUUGAGCAGUUUUCUAUUUACAUAAUUUUCAUAAAGCAAUAAAAAGUCAAUAAGUUAUACAAGCCAUGCUCCUCUAGUUCACUGUGGCAAUUAGGUUUUUCUUUUACCAAUAGGGUAUUGCAUUUUCCAUCACUUUUAUGAAAGAUAACAUAACUUCUCCUACAUAAAAUGGACACUUUAGGUUCCAAAACAAUGUUAGCUUAAUUAAGCAUUUUGGUGUAUAGAUCAGGGCCGUCUUUAACGGGGGCAAACGGGGCAGCUGCCCCGGGCCCAGUUGCUCCAGAGGGGCCCCAGAGCAGCUGCCUCGUGGGCCCCGCGAUUUGAGCAGCUCCCAUGGACCUGGGACACACACUAAGCAGGCCCCUGGGUGACCCAUGCACUAAGGGCCACCCGGUGGGCAUGUGUCAACAGGGGCCCGGUCGGGCGCUGUGACACUUAAACAGCGCGACCGGGCCCCUUCCUGUUCGGCAGCCGGCUGGGAGGAAGUGAGUGCCGCGUGUCACUUCCUCCCACCGGAGAUCACAACCGCGCGGGAGGAGAAAGUCAGGGAGGAGGGGAGUUCCAGAGGAGAACUCCCAUCUGCCUCAGCCUGCCACUGGACCAGGGAAACCAACCUCCAGAAAAAGGUAAGAAACUGGAGGGUGGCUAAAUGUAUGUCUGUGUGUGUGUCUAUGUCUGUCUGUGUGCAUGUCAGUAUGUCUGUGUGUGUGUGUCAGUAUGUGUAUAUGUAUGUCUGUGUGUGUCAGUAUGUCUGUGUGUCUAUGUCUGUGUGUGUGUGUGUGUGUGUGUAUGUCAGUAUGUCUGUGUGUGUGUGUGUGUGUAUGUCAGUAUGUCUGUGUGUCUAUGUCUGUCUGUGUGUGUGUGUGUGUGUGUAUGUAUGUCAGUAUGUCUGUGUGUAUGUCACUAAGUCUGUGUGUGUGUGUGUGUCAGUGUGUCAGUAUGUCAGUAUGUCUGUGUCAAUAGGUCUGUCAGUGUAUGCGUCUGUGUGUGUCAGUAUAUUUGUCAGUUUAUGUGUCUGUGUAUUCAUGAAUGUAUGUCAAUAUGUCUACCAGUAUAUAUUUGUGUGUCAGUGUAUGUGUAUGUCAGUAUGUAUCUGAGAAUGUUUUAAUAUGUCUGUCUGUGUGCAUAUGUCUGUCAGUGUGAUUGCGGGUUGGGUGUAAUUAGGGGGUUGGGGGGGGAAGGAGCAGGGCCCAGGUGGCCCAAGAAAAUGCAUUGCCCAGGGUCCUAAUCAUAUUAUAGAUGGCCCUGGUAUAGAUCAUGCUGCUGCAGUCUCAUUGCUCAAUUCUCUGCUAUUCAGGAGUUAAAUCACUUUUGUUUCUGUGCAUGCAGCCUCAGCCACACCUCCCCUGAUUGUAACGCAUAUAGCCUACAUGAAAAACAUGGUUUUACUUUCAAUCAGAUGUUAACUUGCUUUAGAAGUUGUUAGCUCAUGAUCUGUGAACUUUACACACACAGGAGGCCCCUGAAGGGUCCAGAAGGUUAUUAACAGAGCAGGAGCAAAGAAAUUCUAAAUUAAACAGACUGUGCAAAAAAGGAAAUUACAUCUCUUUACAGAAAAUAUUUAGGAAGUCUGUGCAUGUGAAAUGCAGGGAGAUGUGACUACAGUCGUAUAAACAAAAUUAUUUAACUAUUAAAUGACAAAGAAUUGAGCAGUGAGACUGCAAGGGCAUGAUCUAUACACCAAAACGGGUUCAUCGAGUUAAAGUUGUUUAGGUAAGUAUAGUGUCCCAGUACUCUUUAUAAGUUAGUAGGAGCCUCAACUUCUGUCAGAUGAUACAGAGACUCUGUGCCUCUUUCAAAACUAGCCCUUUGAUGUUCUACUGAGAUCCUCUGUUACAUUCUUAUGAAACAUCUGCUAUAUAUAUUUCAUUUCCAGGGUCACAAAAGUGGGCAUUAAUGAGCAGUGAGAAGAAAGAGCAGAGUCUGCAAGAACUCAGAUUGCUGGCACAAUUCGGGUUGGAAAGGAACAGUGAAUUGGUUUUAUCGCAACUCCCUGGAGGAGAGCACAACUUUAGGUAACUGAAACCUUGUAUAUUCUUAUAUUUGUUCAUAUUGUCCAGAAAUUGCCCACUGUUUGCAAAUCCACACGCAGAACAUCCAAAGAGUAUUUCACACAUGCUUGAAACAUCCAGUACCAUGUGGAAGUUUCUAAGAUGUGCAUUUUGAUAUUGUGUGUUGUGUCUUUUUGUGCUCCAAACAUUUCUGAGUUGCUAUAUUUAGCAGCAUGAAGAGUUGGAGGUACAGCUGUCCCUGCAAUACAUAUAUGCCUACCUCACAAAAUUGAAGAAGCCUUACCACAUAAACCAGGCUAGGUGGUGCUGUCCAGUAAUGUGACACAAGGAUAUGCAUCCAGAACCUCACAAACAUUGCCCAUCUGCGCAUCUACAGUACACAUUCUAGGCUGGAGGUAGGCAAUCUUCAUCACUCCACAUGUUGUGAACUGCAUCUGCCUUGAUGUUCUUACAGCACAAUGCUGGCAAAGCAUUUGGGGAGAUAUAGUCCACAAAAUCUGGUGUGAAAAAGGUUGCCUACCCUUUAAUUUAUGCAUUAUCUGCUAAACUGCCGCCACAGCAACACCUGCCAGAACAAGAAAGUAUAUAAUCACAUAAUUGCAGUUAAGUGUGAAGCACAAUAUACAAUAUCCCCCAGCUUUUAUUUUCUGUCUUUAAAGUGUACCUGCCAUGAAAGAACAAUAUGUAGCACUGUAUAAAGAAUUAAAUUCAGCUUAUACUGCAAGCCCAAAUUAUAUCCAAUCUAUAUUUUAAACUUAUUAAAAAAUAAAUGCACCCAAGUUUGACCUUAACGCUGUAUAACUUGCAGGGAUGAUAUCAAUAAUCUCUGUGGUGCGAACCCUUCGUUAACUUGGACAGCAAUUCAUGGAUUAAAAGAACUACAGAAAAAAAUGGAGGAAGAACAAAAAACACUGACAUCAUCUAAAGAAGAUGAAAGGUGAAAACAAGGAAUAAAAAGAAUGGUUGCUGCGCUUUUAGCAUUAAUUAAUUUCUGCAUUACUAUAAAACUAAAGGGAUACUGAAGGCACCGAGAACGCUUCAUCUCAAUGAAAUGGUCUGAGUGCAGUGUCCUGGCAUUGUAAAAUAUUAACAUCUAGUAGAUACGGCACUCCUAACCCGGUUUGGUUACCUCGGUUAUGUGAUGUCCUCACUCAUUGCAUGAGAUUGUUGAAUGUCAUUAAAUGCUGAUCACAGGGAAGCAUUAGACUGCAUGUACCCUGUGAGAAGCAUUUGAUUGGAUGCACACAGCAAUUAUUCCAAUGAGAAGCAUUAGUUUGGAUGAGAAAGCAAUGAAUCGAUGUGCGUUAGUGAGUUUCGGCGCUAGAAAAAAGUAAUUAAAAACCUUUUCCCCUUUUUUUCCCCCCCAUGUAUAAACUUUAUUGAAGAGUUUAACCUAUAGAGCAUGACACAAUAUACAAAGGAGUCUCGCGGAUCUUAGCAGGUUGUUACAAGUGUGUUUUUUUUUUUUUUUUUUAAACGUACACUAGUCACCAAACAACUUUUGCUUAAUGAAAUAGUUUUGAUUAAUAGAUCAUGCCCCUGCAGUCUCACUGCUCAAUUCUCUGUCAUUUAGUAGUUAAAUCACUUUGUUUAUAUAGGUCUAGUCAUACCUCCAUGCAUGGGACUUACACAGCCUUCCUAAACACUUGUAAUGUUUAUACUUCUAAUGUUUAUACUUCCUUUAUUGCAAAUUCGGUUUAAUUUAGAAUUUAUCUCCUGCUCUGUUAAUAGCUUGCUAAAGCCUGCAGAAGCCUCCUGUGUGUGAUUAAAAUCAACUUACAGUGCUGGAGAUAAAAAAAAACCUUAAGGACAGCGGCGUUCUAUGCCGUUCUUAAGGAGCCGAGCUUAAACGGCGAUUGCCGUUGCUCCCGGUCUGGGGGGUAAGUACAGACAGUCCCCCCUCAGCAAAUUAGGCCCCCGCGGGUCAUGUGAUCGCUAUAACAGAGCGGUCACAUGGCCGCAAUAGGUGUCUCUGUGUCGGGGACUGCCUGGGCAUACCUGUGCUAGAACAUUGCUGGACGUCCUCAUGCUGUGUGAGGACCUCCAGCGUCGCUCAAUUCCCUAAAUUCCCCAUAGGAAAGCAUUGAAAAGCAUGCACAUUAGGUCUCCCCGGCUGGUGGGCGGGAUCAGUGUCGCCCACCGGCCGACGCACUCACAGGGAGGAGCGGCGGUGGAGGAAGAAGCCGCCUCUGGUAAGUUACUGAAGGGGUUUUCACCCCUUCAGCAACCGGGGAGUGGGGGUGGGAGGGAGAGGGGACCUGCAGUGCCAGGAAAACGGAUUGUUUUCCUGGCACUGGAGUUUCCCUUUAAAUUGUAUAUAUAUAUAUAUAUAUAUAUAUAUAUAUAAAUAUAUAUAUAUAUAUAUGUGUAUAUAUCAUAAAAAAUACAAAUCUAUUCAUGUACAUAAUUACAUAAAUAACUUCAUAAAUAUACAAGCAGAUGUCAAAUAUAUAAAUAUGUUUAUUUUUAAAUUCUACGUGCAUAUUUAUGUAAGAAUUUUACAUAAUUAAGUAAUUUUUAUUGAUUACAAUACUGUUGUACUCUUUGCUGAAUACAAAUAUGUGCAUUUUAUUGCAGUAAAAUCUAACAGUAUUAUGACAUUCACAGUUAAAAUUCCAUGCAGAACUAAAAUGUUUUUAAAAAUCUUAAUUUCUCACUUUUUUUUUAGAUUUUAUUCCUAAUGAAUUAUGUUUCUUAUAUAACUAUUUAAUGUGAAAUUAAAGCCUUGUUUCUUCGGAACAUAAAUGAUAUAUAAUAAGUGUGGGUGCACUUAAUGUGAAAAAGGUGGAUUACGGUUGAACAGACAUGUAGCGCAAAUUCCAGUUUUUGUUUUCUGUUUUGAUCACAACGUGUACAACUGGCUCAGUCCUUAAGGGGUUAAGUUACAUCUGAUUGAAAGUGAAACUGUUUUGUUUUAAUGCAGGCUGUGUCAGUCACAGCCAGGGGGAGGUGUGGCUAGGAUGCAGUAUCCCUUAAGUUAAGGUAGUGGGCACUCUACUCUAAAUAGUGAGGAGACACUAUAGUGUUAGGAAUACAUUUGUGUUCCUAAUGCUAUAGGGUUCCUUUUAGCAUGCUGUAAAUAUGUGCAUACUGCAAUAAUAUGUGUUAAAUGCUGUAUUCUAACAAAUGUAACUCUUUAGUGAUUUAAUUUCCCACAGAUUCCAGUUUUUCCUGCUUUGUGCUCAGACUAUGAAAGUGAAUACAGAAUGCAAUUUCAGAGCAGCGGUUCUUGCAGUAGAACCGUACUGGACACAGAGGUGAACAAUUAAACAGAGCUUGUACAUUGUAAGGGGAAUAGAAUAUAGUCAAUCUAUUUAAAUAAUGGAUGGUUUAAAUAAAGUGUGUGGUUGUCAGCAGAAAUAUGUUCACACAUGACAUGCGUCUGCAUUUAUCAUAUUGAUGUUGGUAUGGGCUGUUGAUCAUACCAUUCUGGGCUUAACAGGAUGAGUCAAGGGUUACUAACACCUGAGUUUGAUUAAAUUACCACCUCCAUUUCACAACCCUUUUAAAGGAAAACUCUGGGCACCAGCAUAAUUUAAAGUGCCCUAUCAUUUUUAAGCUACUUUUUACAUCCCUUGUAUCUUGAUACUUAUUCUACGCCUUGACACUUGCCUUUAUUUGUAUUUGUUAUAUUUUCCUCCUUGUGCUGUAACCAUGGGCAUAGGAACCCCCAAAAAUCUGGGGGGGGGGGUAGCAUUUUUACUCGCCGGGUAUAUUCUUAUUCCGUAAACUAGGAGUUGUUUAUGCCAUUGUAUGGAAUUUGCUGGCGCUAUAUAAAUGAUAAAAUAAUAACAUGAAAGGGUCACUACAGGGAAGGGGGUUUACUUACCUGGAUACAGCGCCAGGAUCCUCCUGGUGCAGCGCCCCCUAUUUCGUCAAAAUGACGAAAUAGGAGGGUGCGAGCAGGGAGCAAUAAAACGCUUCUAUUCAGAAGCGUCAUUGCUCCCUGGUGUGCAUGCACAGCUUUGCCGCACAUGCGCAGAUACUUCAUAGGGCGGCAUUCAUGUCUCGACUAGGAAGCACCUGUAGUGGCCAUCUGAGUGUCCACUAGAGGUAUUCCUCAGCAGUAAUGUAAAUACUGCCUUUUUACGAAAUGGCAGUGCUUACAUUAAAAAGCCUGCAAAGACAUGCUAUAGACACCAGAUCUACUACGUUUAGCUGUUGUGGUUCUGGUGACUAUAGUGUCCCUUGAAUAUAGAGAGGAAAAAAGAAUCAUCACAAAUGUAAGAAAUAAAAUGUCUGUAUCAUUAUUCUAAAAAUUAUUUAAAAAAAAUAAAAAAAUAUGCAUAUUCCUAGCUUAAUUUUUAGCACGACAUAUGACACAAACAUUUUGUACUUUGCAGAUUACUUUUUAUAUUUUUUAUACAUAUACAGAUUGUGUAAUACUGCCCCUGACUUAGGGUGACCACAUUUCCUAACUGCCAUUCAGUGACACUUUCAGAAGUGCAUUCCAUACAUUUUACUACCCGUCUCUACCCCUUCCAUUUAUAUUAGAACCCCACCUACCCCUUCCAUGAAUAUUAGAACCACCCCUACCCCUUCCAUGCACAUAAGAACCCCACCUACCCCUUCCAUGCAUAUUAACCCCCCUACCCUUUCCAUGCAUAUUGGUACCCCCCUAACCACUUCCAUGCAUAUUAGAACCCACCCUACCCCUUCCAUUCAUAUUAGUACUCCCCUAACCCCUUCCAAUUAUUUUUCUACCUCCCCCCUCCUCCCAUCCAUAUUAAUAGCCCCUCUAAACCCUUCCAAUUAUUUUUCUACCUAUCCCUCUCCACCUAUCCUUGUUAGUAGCCUUCCUAACCCUUUCCAAUUAUAUUUCUACCUACCCCUCUCCCCCAUCCAAUUAUUUUUCUCCCUCCCCCUAUCCAUAUUAGUAGCUCCCCUAAACCAUUCCAAUUAUUUUUCUACCUACUCCUCCCCAUCCAUAUUAGUAGCCCCCCUAAACCCUUCCAAUUAUUUUUCUACCUACCCCUCUUCCCCUAUCCACAUUAGUAGCCCCCCUAAACCAUUCCAAUUAUUUUUCUACCUACUCCUCCCCAUCCAUAUUAGUAGCCCCCCUAAACCCUUCCAAUUAUUGUUCUACCUACCCCUCCCCCUAUCCAUAUUAGUAGCCCCCUAAACCAUUCCAAUAAUUUUUCUACCUACCCCUCACCCAUCUAUAUUAGUAGCUCCCCUAAACCCUUCCAAUUAUUUUUCUACCUAUCCCUCCCCCCAUCCAUAUUAGUAGCCCCCCCUAAACCCUUCCAAUUAUUUUUCUACCUUUGUCCCCUCUUUUACCUGACAUAGCAGGGGGACCUCUGGACAUCCGGCGGGCGCAGUGUCAGACUGAGCGCCAGGUAGUCACGUGACAACCGGCGCUCCUGCGCGGAGGGGGAGGUGCUCCCUUUUCCAGUCUGCAGUGCGUGCGGUUCCUUGAUGGAGCCGCACGCAGCCCGAGGGCACCCACGGCCGGUGGGGCUAGGGGGGGAUUUCUCUAUAACCGGUCCCCCCGCAUGAUUUGCUGGGGGGGAUGAGUCCCCCCCAUCCCCACCGGUUCCUACGCCCAUGACUGUAACUCCAUAUUAGAGCACAGUCAUUUAUUCUCCAAUGCCUAUAAUGCCUGCUGUUUGACAUUUUGUUGGAUAGUUUAUACAUUUUAUUUUUGGAGUUGUGGAUCUAUCUGACUGCUGUUGAAUUUUUUACUCAGCUAGCAUGCACUGCUUACAUUGCACCUCCUGUUCCCUGUGGAGCAGUUUCUUCCCUCACUUUGGCAGGCAAUUGCAACUUUCCCAUUACUUAUUAGACGAUACAGUGAGUCUUCAUACCUCCCAACAUGAGAGCAGGAUGCUUGUGGGCAACCCCUGGUGGGCGUGGCCACUGACGCAACUAUUAUCACUUGUAAUGAUCAAGAUUAGCAGGCCUACCCGGGCAGGAUCACCUGGAAAAGCACACUAGGCUGACAGACAGCCUCUCUGUCCAGCCCCCAGAAAGUCGGCCAUUCAGAGAGCAUUACCCUAUUGCCUACAGGACAGUGUGAACAUGUCUAAUGAUGCGAUUGUGCUGUUCUGUCCAGGAAUAGUCCUUUGUGUCCCUAAUGAGGAAUACCGGGGAACUAAAUUGAGAUAGCAGGGCAGGACACUAAAAUAGGGUCAGGACAGUUGGUGAGGCCUGAAGUGAGCAUCAAUUGAGGAGAUUUUUCAAUACAGCCACACAUGCGAACGCUCAGCUGCUACUUGAGCCUCCUUAUGUGGCAGAAGUGUGGCCGCAUAACCAAGAGGUGUGCCACUAGUAACAACUUUGCGGUUCUUAAGGGUUGCAUAAACAAGGCAAUGACCUAAUCCAGUUUGGCAAUGCUCUGGUAAAUGUUCACAGAGACACUAUUAAUUAGAAUGAUGAGGUAGGUAGGGACAAAUUUGGGGAAGAAGGGGGAUGUCUAGAGAACUAAGGGACCCAUUCAUCAAUUUUACAGUAAAUAAAAAGGUUAUCCUUUAAAGUAUUACUCCUACAGGAUUUAAGAGACUGGACAUCCCCCGUCCCCUUUAACACUAAUAUAUAUAAAAGCACCCAGGAGACUAUGCAUCUCCUGAAUCAGCAUUGCAAUAAGGACCAUGAAUUUCACAGCAUGUCUUUUUAUUACUAUUUUUCACUGUUUGUAGCUGAAUACAGUGACACAGUGUCACUGUGUGCUGCUAAAAUUCACAGUUAAUGCCUUUUAUUUCCCAAGUGUCAUGAUAUCUUAGUAUUUAGACUUGGGAAAUAAAGCUGUUGGCUGAGCUUAGUUGCUCUGGGAUACCAGCCUGCAACACAUGAUAGUGAGUAUUACGAAUCUUUAUAUUGACUUUUAUGUCUAACAGAAUCCACCAAAAGUGCUCAUAUUUAUAAUGCUUAGUAAAUUACCUGAAUAAGUACCUGUGCACAUUGCCUGUUAUAACAAAUAAUAAAUUUUCCUAUUAAGUUCCACCACAUAUCGAAUUUUGCCAAGUUUUUCAAUAGGUGCAGUGAUUCAGUAAGUGAAAUAUUUUGUAAGGUUUUUUUUUGUAGUUGUAGCAUUAAAAGUUGUGCCCUGAUUUCUAUUAUCUCUAUUAUUUUAAAUAAGAUUCUGGGAUAAUAGUCCGGUGUGCUUGGAAUCUUGCCACGAGGAACUUGCUCAUAUCCGACUAACCACAGGCCAAUCAUCGAAAUCAAAAGUGGAGAAAAUGCCAUGUUUAAGGAAAAACACUUCAGCAGAGGUAUGAUAAAUAUGUUUGCUCAUUAUUACUACUAUAAAUAAACAUGCAGAACUGGCACAUUUUUUUACGAUAAUUUUGUAACCGCGGCUGGUUCCCUUAUUUACCACUAUAACAUCUUAAAGCAUAGACCUUAGUAGUGCUAACCAUACAGAUAUCUUAGCCAUAAUUUCAUAUAGUUAGUGUAAGAGAUCCUCUAUCUAACAUAUAUAAAUAAUGGAAAAUACAAUAUAAAAUAAGGAUUGUCUUGGAAGCAAUAAAGUUUUGUCUUUUUAGAUAUUUAUUAUAUAAAAAUAUAAAUAUAGACAUAUAAAAUCCAUUAUAUAAGAGUUUCUAAGAUUAAACUAAAUGCUUGCAAAUAUCAUUAAAAGGUUAACAUACCCUCCUGAACAUGUCAUCAUGUGAGCCUCUCUGUCAUUUUAAGAUGGAGCAGCGUCUGUCUCCAAGUCUCUCCUCUGUCUCUUAACAUUUAAAAGUACACCUAUUUAUACCUUAGGUGUCUUCAUUUUAGGGUCACUGUAGUUCAUAUAUGAAAAAGUACCUUUUUUACUUUAUUCAUUUUAGGACCUACCUUAACUUGGCAAAAAUACAAGUCCAUAACUAAAGGGUGUGUACGUCAUGGAAAUUUUCCUGACUUAGUUCAAGAUGGCAUCCCAAAGUUUGAACAUCCUUAUCUACUAAGGUUACCACAGUAUAUUAUGUACUGAAAGAGUCGUAGCAUAGCCUUGAAGUUUGUUUAUGCAUUAUUGUUAUUGUAAUUCGUCUGGGACAAAAUGGCGUAAACAUAAUAUACACUGAGGUUAUUGCUUAAAGAAACAGUUAUGAAAAACAAUAUGUUCCAUUUCUAUCACCUUGUCAGUUUGCGAUAUCUCUUAAAAACAAAGUACACAGUUUAAGAAAUACAACAUUUCAUUCUAAAACUUGUAAUAUUUGCAUUUGCCCAUAACAAUCUCUUGUAGCCUUUGUACUACAUUUUCCAAAAGAAAGUUAAUAAUAAAUAUAUAUAAAAGAUAAUAAUUAUUAUAUUAUUAGAAUUGUAAUUAUAAAAGUAAGGUUUUCAGAAGCCUCUACACUAGUGAGCAUUGUCCUGGUUGAAACAUUUGCUACAAAAAGUUUUAAGCUUUACAUUGUUUUGCUAUUAAGUAGUAUGCAAGACAUUAAAGGGUCAAUCUAGGCCACAUGAGAACUUGCCGAAAUAUACAUAUUCCAUAGUUCCUGAUGCUCUCAACCAAUAAAUUCCAUUCAAGCAGGUGGAAUUGACAUUCGCAUUCACGCCCGGUAUGCAUGUCGCAAUAUCUGGAGAUCUUUCAAUUGCACAUACAUGACCAAGUCGUGCAUUUGCAAUGUGAUUUUCUACUAUACCUACGGAUAGGACACUGAUUAACUAGAUCAGUGUCCCUCCUAAGUUAGACGUGGAAAGCACAGUAAAGAAAAAGCAGGUAGAUAUGAAAACAAAAUCAUAAUUACCUGUUUUUGAUGCCUGCAGAAUGAGAUAACUAUCUUGUUCACAGACAAAGUCUUUGAAUGAGUCAGCUGUCUCAAAUGGAUGCAUGUCCUUUAACAAUAUAAGCAUGCUUUGGUUGACUAUUAUAAGUUAAAGAGGAGGUCUGUGUAUGAUGGUAAUGGGAGACUGUACUUCAUUUUCACUCAGGAAAAUAAACUUGAAGCUAUCCUCAUGAAACAAGAAGAGGUUAGAAAUCUCUUGUUCCAAUUAUUACAAAGCUGCAACCAUUCGGAACUUGAGAAACCUUCAUCAAUCCUGCACUGUGAAGAGUCAAUGGACCACACAGAAAAUAUUGGCAAGGGUAAGGGAUAAAACAUAAUAUUCUAGUUAGACCAUUCAGUAACGCAUGCUAACUAAAUGACAGAAUAGAUUCUUAACAGUAUUUUGCAUAAGACUAUUUGAACACAGCAGUGAUCUCAAAAAUGUAAGACCUUCUCUGUACCUUCUCCUGCUAGUAACAUAACUUCUGUAUGUGGAAAUAAGAAUUUAGAAAAUUGUGAAAUAAUGCCUUUUUAAUACCAUUCCAAUGGCUGCCCUGCCCUAAGGUGUUAAAAAUAAAGCCACCAAUUCUCCUUUUUUUGUUAUGGUUUCUUCCUAACCACCAUGGAAUUGUUUGUAAGGUUUUCCUAGUGGUGAUAGCUUUUUGGAAAUGGUUACACAGGAACAUUUCUGAAAUUGCAGCUCCUAUUAUGACCAAACUUUUGUCUCUUAGAUAUGACAGCAUUAUAAUGGUACAUUUUUUGUAGACAUGUUUUUUUUUUCUGUUUAGUAGAAAACAGCACAUAGUUCAAUACCACACUUGGAUGAACGGGAGAGGGAUAUUUUUGUAAAGUAAACAUAUUAUUGUUUUGAUCAUAGUAAAAAAUUAUACUAACCAAUCAAUCCAGUAUUGUCUCUUAAUCAGUAGCUUUCACCAUACCAGGAACCCGAGAUCCUUUGAGGCAAUUGUUUCUCCUGGCCAUGACUGUGACAAAGUCCUGCUUGCAAGAAGAACGGGGGACUGUGACUUGGGGAGAUUGUGCAAUAAGACUGCUAGUACAGGUGCAGCUAAAGCAGGAACUCGAGUUGAGGGAAUUCAUCCACAGCUUGGCUGAGGAGGUGGGAUAUCUGUAUGAUAAAAUACAUUCUUAAUUCCACCAAAAGCAAAUUUGGUUAUUAAUUUUGGAUAGUGGUUUUUACAAAAGUGGGGAUGUUGCUGGGUCAAGAGUGAAAGUUGUUAGAAUUUAGACAUUGUUUACAGGUGAAACUAUGACUUUUGGAAGGUUCUAGGAAUAGAAAGAUUGACACUAAUGAAAAAUGUAAGAAAGAAAAAAAGAAAAUAUACUAUUUAUACUUCCAAAAAAUGGUUGGAAAAGGAAAAUAGAUAAAUAUUAUAUAAAUAAAUCAUCAUAAUGAUAAAACACCUGUACACCUGAUUCCAACUGGUUACCAAAGCCCCCACCCCAGGAUGAAAAGAAAUUACUACUCAAAUGCAACAAGGACCAAAAUUGCUAUACCAAGGGCAGUGUCUCAGGAGGAAACAGAAAAAUAAAUAAAUACAUAAAUAUAUCUAUCUAUUAUUAAAGAUGUAUUAUAAACAUGGAUACAUCAAUAUGAGGGACCCUAAGAUAGCAUGCAGUCUAAUUAGACAGUUAACAAUCAAAUAGAACAUGUGCAAACAAACUAAUAUUGGAAAUGGUUCAAGAUGAGCACAGACUAAAAGUCUACAUAUAAAAAUAAUAUAAUAACAGACAUUAGUAUAGUGUAUAGCAGAACCUGAUAAAAUUGCAAUCCCAAAAUCAAUGAAUAUAAAUAGCAGUCUCAAGUACAAAAUUGCUAUUAGUAUUAAUUGUAAUAACUGUUGCUCAGUUCCAAAAUAAAGUGCAAAACUUCAAAGUCUUUUAGUGUGCUGGAGGUAUUAUAGCCACAACUCCUAAUGUGCACAGUACAUACGUGAUGGCUCGCAAAACAUCAUAUAAUGUAACAGCUUAUAUUAAAAGGCUCCCGAUAUAGGAACCGCCGGAGUCACUUAUACUUUGAAUAAUAGAAAAGCAAGUCACAUUUAUUCAUAAUAUUUCCAUAGUAAUAGUUAAAUGGUGGUCGCUCUGAGAACCUCAAUAGCUACUUGCGAUAUGUAAAACAAUAUAUGCUUUUCAAAAUCCACCGACAGCAGGAACUGCAAACUGAGCACAAGACGGGAGGUUCUGUUCCAGAAGGACCUGAUCCUGUGUCAGACCUCAUACAGUCACUACAGCCUUUCACACAGAAGGAGCAACUUGCUUUAACACAACUCAGGGAGAAGGUGAGGCGAUGCUUUUUUUGGUGUGAGAUGACUUUAUUUUUAAAAUAAACAGUUUGAUAACCACAGUCCAUGAGUGCUGAUUGCAGCCCCUUUGUCUUUUUUCCACUGACUUUCAAUGCUCACUUAGCAUUAUACUUUACAAUUAAAAUAUUUGGGGAAUAGGUAUUUGUUUUUAAUUGACAAACUAAGCGCUUUGAUGGUGUGUACCAUCAAAAGCCACGUGUCACCUUUCCCCCUAAUCCCCUGUCCGAGCUAUAGAGGAACAAAAUGACACACAGCUAGAGGGAAGGGGUAAUGAGGGGGUUAAUUUACAUAUUUGAAAUGCCGCUCUCCUUACCUCCUCACUGGUGAUGCUGCCGGACCCAACAAUAGCCAAGUCUGUGUCAUUGUCCAGGUCCAGGUGCAGUGUUGCUCAUUUUAGUCCCAAUGCUCUUCUAGACAAAAUGCAAUAGGCUGCGCACCCUUUUGAGAGUCACCACUGGGCGUCCUACGCGUUUCUUCUGUGUGAAGGACUUCCUCAGGGACUUAACAGUAUUGGGUAACAAUCCAAAAUGAAUACUCAAUUUAACAGUGAAACCUGCAUUUUGUUUGCUAUUUUUGGAAAAAAUAUAUAUAAAUUUUCUUGUAACAAUAGAAAUUACUAUUCAUUAGGACUCUACUGCAAAAUUAUACAAAAAAGAUGAACUUGCCCAUUUAUCAUUUCACACGCUGCACUUUAUCUAAUCUUUCACAGCUUGUUGCAGAUUCAGAAGCCAGAACUCUUCAUACAGACCAGGAAAAAGUCAAUAAAAAUCUAAAAACCAAGGGGAAUAAUGAUAGCCAAGGAGAUGCUGUGGAGUGUCGAGAUGUGAAUGAAAAUAUAAAAGUCAUAAAAGAAACAUUGGAAUUUACAAAGGGAGAAGAAUCACAGGCUUCGAGAAAUGUUACACAAACACUAAACAAAGAGUAUUAUCUUAAUGGUGAAUUUAAUGAUUGUAUAGUUAUAAACAUCAGUGAAGUUACAUCAACCGAAAGAGAACACGCAGGAGAUUUUCUGACAGAAGAAAACAGAGAAACGGGCUUUCAAAAACAAGAAAUGGAAAUAGACAAAAUACCAAUUUACACAGACAGUGAAAAAAAGAACCAUGAAUCAAGGCUUACAACUGAAAGAAAGGAUGGAUUAGCUAAGAGUGGCCUAUCAAAUACUGUAAGUGCAGCAGAGGUGAAUGAAAAUCCCUCUGGACUUGGUGGGGAACCAUAUGUGCAAAAUGUGAAAGGAGGGAUAAGCAGCAAGGUGAAUGAAAAGGUAACGCUAGAACAUAUCAGAUCAGCUGUUAAUAUGAUAAUAUUGUAUUAUACAAUGAGGGAAAAAGUAUUUGAUCCCCUGCUGAUUUUGAAUGUUUGCCCACUGACAAAGAAAUGAUCAGUCUAUAAUUUUAAUGGUAGGUGUAUUUUAACAGUGAGAGACAGAAUAACAACAACAAACAUCGAUUUGCAUGUCAAUAAGUGAAAUAAGUAUUUGAUCCCCUAUCUAUCAGCAAGAUUUCUGUCUCCCACGUGUCUUUUAUAUAGAAAUCAAGCUGAGAUUAGGAGCACUCUCUUAAAAUAAAUCUUACAUUUUUUUUUUACCAGAAUACGAUUAGAUUUCGUGAGUGUCCCAAAACCAUUGGAGUAGAAGUACAAGUAGGCAUGAGCUUAAAUCUAACUCCCAUGGAGAAGGAAGGGUAGAGGAAUGCAGAGACACAACAUAACUAUCAGGCUGAGGAAGGUGGCAUUGGCUGGGAUGAGUAUCUAAAAUAACAGAAAUAUAAGGUGCAAAGGGGGGACAAGUUGAAAAAAAAUACAUUGAGGGGACUCUGAAGUCAAAUAAAAAAAGGGGGGCAAAAAAAAAAAGCAAAACCAAUGACAGAGCAGUUUGAAAUUCUUUAGGUACUGAUUGAUAAUCAUUCCUCGAGUCUGAGCUACCGUAUUUCCCUGGUAUUUUACAGAAAACAGUUUGUCUGUCUAGCUCAGGGUUAGGCCCCUUCAGUGCUCCAGAAGUUUUGGCCAACAUACAUCUCUUUUAAUGGUCUUAUAGCCAUAAUACUGGUAAGGCAUGAGGGGAGGUGUAGUCCAAAACAUCUGGAGUGCCAGAGGUUGCCAGCUCCUGGUCUAGCUGUUUGUAGUGCUAGCAGCAGUCUGGAACACACUGUUUAGAGGAGUACAUUGCCCUUUGCUCGCUGAUUUUUCUUUUUUCCUUAAUAUCAUCAAGACAGACUGGAAAAAAGAGAAAAAAAAAGCCUUAUGUGAAACUGAACUUGAACUGAAUUGCUAUGCCAUUACAUUGUAAACAUAUAUACGACAAUAUAUCAAGAGAUUUGGACUAUUACAUAAUAUAUAUAUUUGAUUAAUUAAGACCGUGUAAAAUUGUGUCUUUGAUAGUGAUGUCCCGAAUGGUUCGCCGUGAACGGUUUGCCGCGGACUCAUCAUUGAGUAAACUUUGACCCUGUACCUCACAGUCAGCAGACACAUUCCAGCCAAUCAGUAGCAGACCCUCCCUCCCAGACCCUCCCACCUCCUGGACAGCAUACAUUUUACAUUCAUUGUGAAGCUGCAUUCUUAGUGAGCUGUCCAGGAGGUGGGAGGGUCUGGGAGGGAGGGUCUGCUGCUGAUUGGCUGGAUUGUGUCUGCUGACUGUGAGGUACAGGGUCAAAGUUUACUCAAUGAUGAGUCCGUGGCGAACUGUUCAGGACAUCACUAGUCUUUGAUUCAGUAGUCCUAUACUAUACAUUUACUCAAUGGCGUGAUGGCAUGUACAUUGGUGUUUUAGGGAUCUCCGGAUGAGCUUGCCACAUCUGUGAUCUGUGAAGCAACAGAAACCCUAAUAGCAGGUCUAAUGUCAUUAAAAGUAAAAGUGGAAGAAGCAUACAUGAAAAGAAGCCUCAAAAGACACUCAACUCACAGGCUCGGAGAGAACCUCACUCAGCCAGUAAGCACUAAAUGUAAAUUUAAGCAUUAAGUCUUCCUUUACCCUGUGUGUGUGGGAGGGUGAAGAGAAUAAUAAAAGAUAUACAUGUUGAUUUGAGACUUGUAUACAGUUGCUUGUCCAUGGAAACCUUUUCUUGAAACUCCCAACACCCAGUUGUUAUAGUGAUGUUGAGUCUAUGGGUAGUUUCAAACUCUGUUGUGAGUGAUGCAACAGCCGAUAGAUGAUUUUUAUGAGCUAUGUGCUUCAGCACUUGAUACCCUGCUCUGUGAGUCUUUGUGGUCUAUCACUUUAUGGAUGGGUUGUUGUUGUUCCUAGACACUUCCAUUUUACAAUAAUAGCACUUACAGUUAACCUAGGAGAUCUAGUAAGUUAGAAAUUCCACAAACUGACUUGUGGCAUAGUGUCACAUCCUAAGACAGUACCUCAUUUAAACUCACUGAGCUUUGCAGUAUGACCAAUUUACUGGCAAUGUUUGUCUACAUAGAUUUCACCUGCUGGAGUUUAUACUGUUGUUGGUGCAAUUGGUAAAGCUGACACACCUGAAUUUAAUAAUUAGUAAGCUUGUCCAAAAACCUGUGAUAUACGCUCAGAAGCAUGUCUGUCCUGGGCCCGACCAUUAUUGGUGUUGCUUGUGACAUGGUUCAUGUUGCCCACUCACCCUGUCCCGAAUCUGCAAUGUAAUGAAGAUUGUUGGAGGGAACAAAGUGAAAACUGACAGUAAAAUAGCUGAGUCGAGACUACAAUUGAGUUUGGUAAUUGUUGCCUUUAUUUUGCCACUUUGAUUAAAUAUUUUUUUAGUUAUAUAUAUAGGAGGAAGGGUAAAUAAACUUGAAUUGAGCUAGGGUAGCAAAUAACACAAAAUACAUCAUGUGAGGAUGGUUUUACAAAGGGAUGAUCUAGCCUGGUGUGAAGAAAUCACACACUUAGUUAGUUAACUUUGAUUUUUCUCCGACCACCCCCUGACUUAGGCAAGUCUGAACAUCUUUAUCUAUUUAGGGUUACCGCAAUAUAUUGUGUACUGAAAGAGUUGUAGCAUAGUCUUGAAGCUUGUAUGCAUUAUAGUUAUUGUAUUUAGUCUGGGACAAAAUGGCGUAAACAUAUUUUGCACUGAAAGUAGGUAAAAGUUUAUUGCUUAAAGAAACCUGUAUGAAAAACAAUAUGUUCCAUUUCUAACACCUUGUCAGUUUGCAAUAUCUCUUAAAGACAAAGUACACAGUUUGAGAAAUACAAUAUUUGCAUUUGCCAUUAACACCAUGAGCCAGGGGAACAGUUCAUGAAUUUUUAGACUUCCCUAAAUGGACUGACUGCUACCUCUGAAACUGUGGAACCAGUUUUGGGCAUUGGAUCUUGUGUGCAGUCGGUCAAAUUAUCACCUCCGUGGAAAUCCCGAACCCCUAAACCGAUCUGGGUAAUUUUUGAAUAUGUUGGUCCCCCAGAUCGGGGAUAUCAGGGGAUAUGACUUUUGUGGGGUUUCCAUGGCUUUUAAGGUACUUUAUGGGUUUUGUUGAAAUGUAUGUUUUUUUGUGUGCCUUGAGAUAGAGUUUAGUACAAUCCUUGACUCCAUUAUCUCCCAAGCACAGGGAAGGAUUAUCCUAUUUUACAUGGGAGUGUCCUGGACCUGAGAGCCAAUGUACUUACAGUAUGUAUUUUAGAAACAUAGAAACAUAGAAUGUGACGGCAGAUAAGAACCAUUCGGCCCAUCUAGUCUGCCAAUUUUCUAAAUACUUUCAUUAGUCCCUAGUCUUAUCUUAUAGUUAGGAUAGCCUUAUGCCUAUCCCACGCAUGCUUAAACUCCUUUACUGUGUUAACCUCUACCACUUCAGCUGGAAGGCUAUUCCAUGCAUCCACUACCCUCUCAGUAAAGUAAUACUUCCUGAUAUUAUUUUUAAACCUUUGUCCCUCUAAUUUAAGACUAUGUCCUCUUGUUGUGGUAGUUUUUCUUCUUUUAAAUAUAGUCUCCUCCUUUACUGUGUUGAUUCCCUUUAUGUAUUUAAAUGUUUCUAUCAUAUCCCCCCUGUCUCGUCUUUCCUCCAAGCUAUACAUGUUAAGAUCCUUUAACCUUUCCUGGUAAGUUUUAUCCUGCAAUCCAUGAACCAGUUUAGUAGCCCUUCUCUGAACCCUCUCUAAGGUAUCAAUAUCCUUCUGAAGAUACGGUCUCCAGUACUGUGUACAAUACUCCAAGUGAGGUCUCACCAGUGUUCUGUACAAUGGCAUGAGCACUUCCCUCUUUCUACUGCUAAUACCUCUCCCUAUACAACCAAGCAUUCUGCUAGCAUUUCCUGCUGCUCUAUUACAUUGUCUGCCUACCUUUAAGUCAUCAGAAAUAAUCACCCCUAAAUCCCUUUCCUCAUAUGUUGAGGUUAGAACUCUAUCAAAUAUUCUGUACUCUGCCCUUGGGUUUUUACGUCCAAGAUGCAUUAUCUUGCACUUAUCCACAUUAAAUGUCAGUUGCCACAAUUCUGACCAUUUUUCUAGUUUACCUAAAUCAUUUGUCAUUUGGCUUAUCCCUCCUGGAACAUCAACCCUGUUACAUAUCUUAGUAUCAUCAGCAAAAGACAUACCUUACCAUCAAGACCUUCUGCAAUAUCACUAAUAAAAAUAUUAAAGAGAAUGGGUCCAAGUACAGAUCCCUGAGGUACCCCACUGGUGACAAGUCCAAGCUUCGAAUAUAUUCCAUUAACUACAACCCUCUGUUGCCUGUUACUCAGCCAUUGCCUUACCCAUUCAACAAUAUUUGAAUCCAAACUUAAAGAUUGCAGUUUUAUUUUGUCAUAGUUCCCUCUCAGGUCCAGUGGGGAAUGCCCCUGGAAUAUGUCACUGUAAACCCCGUGCAUGAGGACUUGCCAGUUGGCCUGAAUAAAUUAAUUCCUGUUGUACCCUUCAUCUAGUCUAGGCUGAUGUUUGGGUAUCCGUCUGAUCUGCUUGGUGAAUUUACUUGGAUGCUGAAUUUCUUCUGGAGAACGUUCGGCUCAGCACCCGAACUGUAAGCUAUAAUCACUCAGCCUCUAGCAGUUCGGGAGGAAACGAAUGAACGUGUAUCUGAAAUACCAGCAUUCGUUACACCUGUGUACUUAUACGAAUGCAAUUAUGAGUUUAUAUGUUUCCACAAUUGAUCAUUUAUAUUGGAACUAAGGUGUUGUUUCCAGCAUGGCGGGUGAAACGAACGUCAAGUACAUUGUUAAAUUUACUUCCUGAUAUAUUUAGUCUUUGGGUGAGGGCCAGAAAAGGGAACAGCUGUCUCAGCACAUUACUUUCUGUAGUGUCUCUGACACAAUCUAGUUCAAAAAAGCUUUACUAGUAUUGAAAUACUGUAUUCUAAAUUGAAGCUUUUGGAGUAGUCUUCUGUAUUAUAUUAUGUUACUAUUGUUGCUUUUCUAGUCCUAAGCUACCUCACAAUAGGAAUAAGAGCUAUAGUAUCAGGUAAAUGGAGACCCCUAGUGAUAGUUUUGGUGUAAUACAAAAAAAGACAGUUGUUCAAGCUUGACUAUAACAGGGAUCGCUGGUGACUCUUGUCUCAAUAUUCACUUGAAGUGAUGACUUCCAAAUACAUUAAAACAAUGUGGUGCUCGUCUCCAAGUACCACAAUAAAAUCCACGUUGGCGUUCUUCCAAACAGGGAGGAUCACCUUUCGGCUUACACACCAGAAAGUGUCCCGGACGACACCUGAACGGAGUGGUAACAUUACCCAGCUAUCUGCCUGCAUAUAUACGCUUUUAUUGUAAUACUUGGUGACGAGCACCACAUUUUUUUAUGUAUUUGGAAGUCAUCACUUUGAAUAUAGAGAUACAUUGUGUCAAUGGAUUUGGGUUGGAGGACACUGCAAAUUAACCUUUCUCAAAACUGCUGAUCAUUUAUAUCACUUUCUUGCUAUUUCAUGACAACUUAGUAUUGUAUAUAUUUUUUUACCCUCUCCUAUUGUUUUUAGAUUUUAUAUUUUGUAAUUGUCAUUACUAAAGGAAGUAUAAUUAUUGUAUAUUUGUUCUCCCCUAGACUACUGAAAAAGAAAUGGAGGAAGCUGGAAGGAUGUAUGAUGUAAAACCAAAUACAGAUCAAGAAGAAACAUCACACAUGACAGUAAAAACAUAUGCAUUGAAAGAUCAAGUGGAUGGAGUUUUAAUACCUAGAGAAGUGGUAAUUAAAAAUGCUGGUCACUCUGAAGACGAUGUACACCUCCAUGAGAAGGACAUUAUAAAGCAGGACAACCUUCAAUCAUAUAAAGACAUUAAUUAUGCAAAGGAGAAAACUGAGAGAGCAGAUCUUUCAGAAGAACCAGACAGCGAAGGAAAAAAUACUACUGAGCAGAUUGAAAAAGAGAGCCCAAAAGGUGCUUUGACAAUACAGGAUACAAUUCAUACCGAUGGGAACCCUAAUGAAAAAUGCAUGGAAAAAGAAAUAGUAAGUGAAUUUCUACUUUCAGUUUGUGUUUGAGACCUGUUUCAUGGGAAAAGUGGUUGUAUCAAAAGCUUACCUAGGGUAUUUGGCACUUGGCCUCCACCUUUUGUGUCUUUGUUUACAUUUCUCAUCCCCUUCAGUGCUCUGUUUACUACAAUGAGUUGUUUGCAUGUAAUAAUGUAUCACAGAGCUCCUUGGCAAUAAAACUCACAUUUAGGUGCAGAGUGUAUGAAUGGUGUUCUUCAAGCAGUGGAUAUUUAAAUAUCAUUAUUAUUAUUAAAUUAAAAAUAUUUGUAUGUAUACUGGACUACAUAAUACUGUUAGUUUACUAGUUGUCUAAUUGUGAAAGCUCUAAAGGGUUACUAAUAGACAACUGACCUGGUGGAAUUAGUAAUACAUUUAUCUGUGUGUCAUACAGGUACCACCUAGUCAUUUAUCCUCUACAGUCAUGGAGGCUACGCACAGUCUGAUUGGAAGCCUCAUGUCUCUGAAGGAAGAAGUCAGCAGAGCUAAAUCCAGACUUGCAAAAAUGGGAAAGAUUCAUGGUGCUAAUGAAAACAUCUUACAUCAGGUAGACACAAAAAGUACACCAGGCAAUCUCAACACGGAAUCGAACAAUAAUACCCUUUCAUCAAAACUAGAAAAUAGUGAAACAGAAUUACAAAAGAGUCACAAGAAUAUUGCAGGGUAAGAAAUAAUUUCACUGUGGAAAAAGUCUUGUUUUAUUAAAACAACAAUACUGUACAUGGAAAGUGAUCUAUGUUUAUUGAUGUGUACAUGCAGAUGUAUUGUAGUGUUUAAGAAAUUAUUUGGUAAAAAAAAAACCUCACGCAAAGCAGAUGAUAGAUGAACUUUAUGUUCCAAACUCUAGCGUUACAUACAUUUGAUGCCUAUGUCCAGGCUUUCAAACAAGUGAACUGGGUAAUACAUAGCUUAUAUACAUUUAUACCUCUUUACAGGUGCCUUUGUAAUGAUAUAAUCAAUGCUACUCAUGUCACCUGUCAGUGGUUUAAUGUUGUUGCUGAUCAGUGUAUAUUUACUAUGCCUAUAAAAUUCUUAUUGAUAUAAAGUCACUGGACAAGAAAUGAUAGAUCCUCUGUGGCUAUAUAUUGAUUUAGUAAUAUUGACUACAUAUUGGAUUACCAAUAAACACCUUAGUUACACAUAAAUGUUCAAAAACUAAGCAAAAUUAUAAAUAAAUAAAGUAUUAUGCUUCUUUACAAUUUUAAGUAACACAUGCCUACCUAAUCACCAUUAGGUGCAUAUAGGUGUACCAAAGUAUAUCUAAAACCUUAAAUAUCACAAAUUAUGAUGACGUAUCUUCCCUCCUCAUCUACCUCUUGGAGGUGGACUAGGACUGUAACUCCCCUUUUUUAAUGUUCUAAAGAUGCUAAAAAUAUCUAGAGGGUAUAAAUUUAGUAUUCUCAGUUUUUUCCAAUGUGUUUCUUGUAUGAAACAUAUCUUUUAUACGUUCUUUUUUGAGAUAAUCAAAAACGAAUGCUCUUUUAUUGGGGUACUUCAAUCCCUGCGUGCUUAUUGUUGCACAUCUAAUCAUCUUCAUUUCCGCCCGCAAGAGGCAAAGAAGUUAAAAGUUUCUGCUCCCAUGUACAAACAAAACAAGAAAUAAAGAAGAGCGAGACAGAAAGAAAGAAACAAACAUACAUUUAGACAAAUCUUCCUGUUUGCUAGAACAAGAAGAAAGAAUACAAAAUAAAACCGAUCCGAAACCUGUCCAACCCUCCCGUGUAUUGGAUCUCCUGUUUCUGUUUUCACAGCAAAGAACAUUUGAUUUCCUAAAAAGAAAAAGCCUUAAAGUUAGCAUAUAUGUUUAAAACCUGGGCAAUAUAUAUAUAAAGAAAUUAUCAUGCUUAUUUUCAAUUCUGAGUAAAUCACAUGCUCUACCUUUGCUUUUCCGCUGUUACAAAUUCCAUAGUUGACUGAGUGUUCUCCUUGUUCAAACCUGCUAUAGCUCUUGUACAGGUCAGCGAGGCUAUCCAUUAUCUCCUUAAGUUUUCACCACAGUACAGUAGAUUAGUAUUACAGCUAAGAGUUCUAUAAAAGGUAGACAUUAAUAGUUUUAGUCAUAAUCUGACGGUGUGAUCGUGUUGAAUUACAAACAGAAAUCUGCAUUUGAUAGAUCAACAAAAGAUUAAUCUUGGUUAAAAAAUAAAUAAAAGUAACUGGACCCCGUAUGACACAAAUAAGGCAGGCAUUACAGUUGCAAAAGUUAAACAUUGUUCAAUCAGUGUUAAAUGAACACUCCCACCCCAUAACAAUUUUAAUCUGCUUAGAGGAACCCUUCAGACACAUAACGUACACUUAAGUUUGGUAAUGGGAAUGGCACUUUUUUGAGAAGCAGAGCAAAGCCGCCCUCACAUGCACACACAUGCUCAUGGCUCCAGAAAAGAGGCUUCUCAAUGAACAGCCUCUAAUUGGUGUAUACUUUGAAAGCGGGGAGGGCUUGCAAAGGCUGCAGACAGAUGUUCUACUGCUUGGGCAGGCUGUAUUUUCAUAUACAUGAAACAUGCAAACAAUACAUGCAUGUUUUCUUUUGUGGAUAGAUCUACUAAAUUGUAAUCACCCACUCAAUUUUUAUUUAAGUUUUCCUUUAAGUUGUUAUGGGGAUGGAAAUGUUUCUUUAAGCCGAAAUGCCUUAAUAUGAAAUAACAUGUAUGGGCUUCAGGAGCAUAUAGCAUUUUUCCCCCCAAGUGCCUCAUAGGAGUUGUCUUGUGGCCUGAUUGGCAUUUUACCUGUCUUAUUUUUAUUGCCCCAGCAUGAAGGAAGAAUAUACACAGAAUUUUGAAACAGCAACUGGAUGUGAGGAUUCCACUCUCAGCACUAUCCAAGCAACAAGGGAGGUUUCAUGGGAGUUGCAUUCUGAAUGCUUGAAGUGUUGCAGCCAUACUGGACCUGUGGCUUCAGAAGGUGUAAGCUGA